CCUCUCUCUCGUGCCUCCUGCUACCACCACCACCACCACCACCAUCACCACCUUUUCCUUUCCAUUCCCUUCCCUCGGGCAGCCCCCAAAAAAACAACACUAGCUGAGGCUGCGGCGGCGACCCACCUCUUUCUUGUCUGGUUGCGGAGCGGCCGGCGGCGAGGAUGGUGGUUCGCCUCCUCUUCCUCCUCCUGCCCCUCGCUUGCUCCCUCCUCUUCCUCGAGCUCCCCUCGGUCUCAGGCAAACCAACUGUCCAUGAUGACUUGGAUCCAGCUCAAGUGACCAACCCGACCACGCCCAUCACAGUCCCAUCGACGAACCCAACACCAACAAUCAUCACCGUGCCGUCCACAAACCCUACCAUCACAAUCCCUUCAUUAAACCCUUUGCCCACACCUAUCACAACCCCCUCAAACGACCCUUCUACCACAUUACCAUUGCCAACCCCUUCGACAUCUGCACCCAACACGCCAGUCACCAUUCCUGUUACCACCCCUUCGACAUUCCCCCCAUCGGCACCACUGACAAACCCAGCGACGAACCCAAUGGUGCCUACUGUCGGCACUACACCGCCUACUUCUCCGACCACUACUCCAGUCACAGCUCCUGUUGUGUCAGGGCAGCAAGCCUGGUGCGUGGCCAAGGCCGGCUCAUCACAAACCGCGCUCCAGGACGCACUGGACUAUGCGUGCGGUAUUGGUGGAGCAGAUUGCUCACCAAUACAGCCAUCAGGGAGCUGCUAUUAUCCAAAUACCUUGGAAGCCCAUGCGUCAUACGCCUUCAACAGCUAUUACCAGAAGAACCCUGCACCCUCCAGCUGCGACUUUAGGGGUGCCGCAAUGCUUGCCAAUGCUAAUCCAAGCUCAGCAACCUGUGUAUUGGCAUCAUCAAUGUCUUCUCCAACGAGCUCUACUGCUGGAUCCACUGCUCCUACUACAUCAUCCACUAGCCCUGUUACUAGUUCAUCUGAUUCUGAUCCAGGAUCAUCAGUACUGAACUCGAGUGGCUCAGGCAUUUCUGGAUCAUCAGACUUUGGGUCGGACUUCCCAGGAGAGGCCAACACUGGCAAUGGUUGGCACUCAAUCUUGCCCUCUGGCUGGUCCUGGGCAGGUUUGUUCUCAACGCUUGCAUUGCCAUACGUUGGAGGGAUAUUUUGAAGAACGAAGCUGCUCCAGAAUUUUGGAAACUGUGAGAGUUGAAGUGGUGGCAAAGAUUUAGAGUUUUGCCUUUAGCUGUAGUGGUUGUAUCCUGUAUGAGUAGGCCAGAGUUGUGUGCUAGUAGGAAGUAGGCUUAUUGCCUGUAUUAACCAGUGGAUGUAGUUUCUAGGUGUAUCAAAUCAAAUGUUGAUUAUGUGCACUUCUGCUCUUGCAAGUUGUUGUAUUUUGCUCAGUUUGAAUGUGUGAUUUAAACUUGAAGCAGCACAUGCAAAAUCUUGGAAGUGCAGUUGGGGCCAUUAAGUUC